CGCUUAAUUGUUACAGAAGCUGCAGAGUAAUGGGCUACAAGUACAGGACGAGGAUGCAGCGAACCUGGAGAGACAGGUGGCCAUACACUACAACCGGUUACACGGAUUACUGCAACUUCAGGAGGAGGAACUUCUGAAGAAAAUCAGGAAUUGCAAAGACGAAGCACAAAAAUCCCUUGGAAGUGUAUUGAGUAACCUUGAAGAAAAUAUUAAAGAAAUGGAGACAAUUCUAACAGUAGGCAAGGCCUCCUUGGAACCCAGCAACUUCUCCAGCCUGCCGCUAAGUCCACUGCUGGACAAGUUGACCAAUGUGACGGAGAUGCCGUGUUACCUACUGCUCAACAACGAUCAGUCGAUUAAUAACUUCGGAUUCCAUGAAGAUUCUUCUAUUAUCGACUUAUUAAAAGGACAUUGUACCAUUUCCGUACCAGAUAAGAGAACAUAUGAACUUUGCUCUAAACUCAAUCUACCUGAGGAUUAUCAAUUUGAAAGUAUUCCUGAUUUUCCAGAUCCAUUCAAGAAACCUGAUUUAUCCGUUCUUACUUCAAGAAAAAAACUUGGCAAGAUAACCACUAACCAGUUAUCAGAACCUAAACUGCCAAAAACUGAAGCCAAAAAUAAGCCAACACCGUACCAGGAAAUUUUGCGCAAAAACAGGCUUACUCUGCAGAACAAUAACUCAGAAGAGACUAUGUCAACUUCAUCGGCUGACAGUGCUUUUGAGAAGAUCUGUGUAGCUCCACCUCUGGAGGAAGGGACUACUGAAAUUGUCAGAAUUUGCCACCUGAUUUCACCAAACAAUUUUUAUGUACAGCGGAAGUGUACCUACAGUCAGUUGGAAAAGCUGAGGGAUCAUUUCUCCAAACAAAUGAACAUAAAGAAGAAUCAGCCAGCUUCUAUUGAAAAGUAUGAAAUAUACUUGGUGCAGUUCAAGGUCGACAAGAAAUGGUACCGAGCGCAAGUGAAGGAAGUUAUGGAAGAUAAGUGUGAAAUAUUCUAUGUUGACUAUGGGAACACUGAAACGGUGGAUAUCAAGAAGCUACGUGAUAUCCCAGAAAGGUACAAGACGAUCCCAGAUCAAGCCAUACACUGCAGCCUAGCUAACUGCGUUCCUGUGGGAGGAAUGUGGAACGAAGAAGCUGUCAAGAUCUUUGCCUCCAUGUCAAAUAAUGUAGAACUGUCCAUGUUCGUGGUGAAUAUCAACAGAACAUCCAAGCUACAUGAGGUCCACUUGCGCAGAGUCCAGGAUCUCAAUUGUUCCUUCGCAGAUUCACUCAUAUUCCUGGGCUGUGCGGGCCAAACUGAUGUUGUCAAUUUGGAGGGCUUGUUUAAGGAUCCUUCCUCCAAGAAAGGGUUUUUCAAGGAUAUUGAUAUCCAAAAAGGUGACACUUUUGAUGGUCAAGUCACUCACAUCAAUACACCAACAAAUUUUUAUUUACAAAGAAUUGCAGACGGAGGCAAGCUCCUCCUGCAGCAGAUGACUGACCUGACUCUUGUAUACUCUCACAUGGGGCCUCAAGAAAAUGUCAUCUACAACCCUACGCCAGGGAUGAUGGUAGCGGCCAAGUUCUCUGAUGGAAGCUGGUACAGGGGUGUCAUUCUCAGCAUACCCAGAUCUUGCCACAUCGAGGUCCAGUAUGUGGACUUUGGCAAUGUAGAAACAGUCAACUGGAAGGAUGUGCGGCUUCUGCUGCCGAAAUUUCAAAAGAUGUCAGCACAGGGCCUGAAAUGUUCUCUUAGUGACAUUGCUCCAAAACAUGAAAAAGGGUGGACUGCUUCAGCCAAGAAAGCGUUUGAAGGCUUGGCCAAGGCUGGAUUGUUGCGUGUGUAUGUGGAUGAUGUCAAGGAUUCUCACUUUAGCGUCACCCUGUACGAUAUUCAAAGAGAUAAGGAUAUCUGUAUCAACGGAGGAUUGGUUGAAAAGGGAUACGCCAAUUCUAUAGGUCCUAGCUCUGCACAGUCAAAGUUCCUUCGUCGUGUUGUGGAUGGAUCAAAACUGGAUAAACAAUCAGCUACUUCAUCUAUGAAGAAAUUGGUGACUGCGUCAGCCAAACACACUGGUGAAACAGAAUCACGCGAGGAAGAAGAAGAGAUGUCUGCCUUAGAAAGAAUGGAGGAAUUGGAAAAAGGAGCGGAUCGAGUCCGAGUCAAUGUAUUGAAGGUGGUGUCACCCUCGGAACUGUACAUCACAUUUGACAAAGUUCAAGAACAAAUAUUAAGGCUCUCCGAUAAGAUGACAGAGUUCUAUGAGUCGACUCCUGAGGAACCCAGUGACUGGGAGGUGGGAGACCUGUGUGCUGUCCUUAGAGAAACCGACAAUAAAUGGUAUCGGGGUGUUGUUACAGAAGUUGUUGACAUGAAUUGCAAGGUAUUUAUUAAGGACAUAGUGGAGGUGGUGGAGUGCACCUCGUUAGAGAUGCGCACUCUUGACCCUAGCUUCAACUCAGUGAUGGACGGCACCGUCAAGUGUCACCUGAGCGGGAUAAUACCGUCUGGUGGAAGUAAGAACUGGACCCGGAGCAGUAUUGACCAUAUCAAAGUACUCAUCUCUGAACAAUCGUCAACAUCACAGUUCUACAUCACUAAAACGGGUGACUAUGAUGAUGGCUCGCUGCCGAUCCAAAUGUGGAUUAGGGAGGACAAGUACCUGGGUGCUUUGGAUCCUAAAAUGGAGGAUUGGAAGGACGUCAGCAAGGAUCUAAUUGAAUUUGGAUUGGCUUUACCUGAACACAGGUAUCACAGUUUUAAUAAAUCUGAGAAAUCUGAGUCAACACUUCACGACGUUGACUCCAAGUCAGAUGGAACAAGUAGCAUUCAAAAAUGGCUUGAAAACUCGUUUCAGAAAUCAAAAACUACAAACACCACAGGAAUCCCAAGUCCUCCAGCAAAUGUCCCCUCUGAGGUUGCUUCUUCCUCUCCAUACGUAUCAGAACUAGAAAAGAUUGAGAAUCGUAAACAACAUAACACGUACCAGAGGAAACCUCUAUCCAACAUCGGAAGUAACUUACCGAAACACACACCAAAUGACACAGGUAAUUCCAUCACAGACUGGAAACCUGCUCUACCAUUCAAGAAACUGGAAUUCACUGCAAUUCCUUCUUAUGUUGAUGAUGAGUGUGCUAUCUACCUCCAAGAUGCCGAUGCCCAAAGCACUCUGCAACUCAUCAAGAGAGCAUUAGAAACAAUAUUCAAAGGAUCAGAGCCGAAGCCACAUGACAAAGACUGGGUUGUUGGUCAGAUCUGCAUUGCAUUCUAUGAACCAGAUGGCAACUGGUAUCGUGGCAAAGUUGUGAAGGUGAUUAGUGAUGAACAAAUAGAGGUGCUGUUUGUGGACUAUGGGAACACGGAGGUGUUACACUCGGACCAGCUGCGCAAACGCAUCCUCAUGGGCCACACCCCUCUGCAGUGUCACAGAUGUCUCACAGAGGGCAUCAUACCGGUGUCUGCAGAUAACAAGUGGCCAGUCAAGGCUCUGGACUUCAUCCAUGGUACGAUUGUGACCCAAGAGUGUCAAGUGCAGCUGCAGCCUCCGGCAACUGAGGGAGGAAACUAUGUGAUAUUGACGCUAACAGUCCCCGGAGGUGAAGAUCUGAUAGAGACGUUGAUGAGCAUGCAUUACGCUACUUAUGUGAUAGAUUGCAAUAAAAUUAAUGGUGAGGAAGAGGAAGUCAUCGAAGAACCUGCUAAACAAUUGGUGAUGCAGAAAAGUGAGAGGAACACGAGUGCGUUCAAACCCUGUCCAGUAAAAUCUCAGUUGAGUGAGACCUCGAACGUGGCUUCAGGGGCGUUACAUCCGCAGCUCGCAGAUUGGUUUGAGAUGAUUCGAUUUUCCCCUAUACAAGUGCCGAAAGAGGCAGCCUAUGCAAGCUUAGUGCUCCCGGACUCCAUAGUGGAAAUGUUGAUAGAGCCCACAAUAAUCACUGGGAACACCUCAAUGAAUGUGAUCAUUCUUGAUUGUGAUGAUGCUGAGAUAAUGUUGCACAUAUCCGACAUGGCCGACAUACAAGGACUCAUGCAGGAGGAAUCAGAGCACUUGCCUCUCAUACUGAACCCUGCAGUUGGUAUGGCAUGUGUUGGCUGUUUUACGGAAGAUGACGCUUGGUAUCGAGCUGUUGUCAAAGAAGUUUUGCCUGAACGGAAUGCUGUUAAAGUCUACUAUGUUGAUUAUGGAAAUGAAGAAAUGUUACCUAUAGAAAGGCUGAGAGAAAUCAAGGAAGAAUGGGCCAGACUGCCAAUGAUGUCUUUCCCGGUGACACUGUGGAAUGUGGUGAUCGGGCCGGAGUACGACCACACCAGCUGCACCACCAUGUUGAAAAACUGUCUAACAAGUCCUCCGUACACCAUGACCAUUGAGGCCCGACAACCGUGUCUGCAAGUUGAACUGUUUUCUGCUUCUGGAGAACUCGUGUACCAGCCUCUGCUUGAUGUGGGCUUGCUUACAAAGAUCUAAGUUACAUUAGAUUAGGAUCUACUACCUCAUAAGUUCCUAUGUUCAAUUAGUUUUUCUGGGUCCAAAGUAAUAUAAAAUGUUUGGUUUAUUGGUUUUUUUCUAUAGAUCUCUGAUGGUAAAAUGUGGUAAGGAAACGGUACAGUUAAAUCCAAUAACCAACUACAGUUGAGUGCCCAUCUGUUCAGCACAAUCGAUGUAAAUAUUGACUUCCUUCUAUUUACUUGGACACGAUUAUUUUAAUUAGUAGACCCAGCUAGAGAAUUUUGCUAGCUUAAGAAAGGAAAGAAACUGCAUUUUGUUUCAUUAUGUAAAGAAUGGAUAUUUUCCACGAGUCAUAUGUGCAAGUAGAAGAGAGUCAAAAAGUUGUUAAACUUAUUGUUUGUAUUUUUAACACCUUUGAACAAAUUUGUUUCAAAAAUGUUACAAAUGAUUUAAGUUAUUCUCCUACAGUAAAUUUCUGUGGUUAUUCUAACGUAACCAGUCUGUUGAUGUGUCACAAUUAUCAUUGUGCUCAGAAUUAGGUUAUUAUGCUGAACAUUUUAGUUCUGAGAUCUUAUAAUAUUGUUAAACUUACUGAGAUAGAAAAUUAAUUAAUUCAUUUCCAUUUAGGUUAAUUUAGACUUUGUUAUUGUUUAAAAGCUUGGACAAUUACAAAGAGGGAACAUUUGCUACUCUAGAUGGUAGGUCACUGUAAUGUUUUGUUAAGUAAGGAAAGUCCAUUUUAUUUAAGUUAGCUUCUGUUUCUUAAUAUCUAACAGUUCACUGCUGUCCAAAAAAUAAGAUUUCAUCUGUAUUUCAAAUUAUGCAUAGUUGAUUAAAUUUCUGGUAAAUGUAUAGUUUUUAGCUGAAUGUUAGUCAUAUGGAGAGUAGAAUAUUUUGUUUUAUUUUCUAAUACUAGACUAAUGUAUAAAACAAGUAUUUUAGUAGCAAUUUUGCCCCACAUCAUAUAAAAUUAUGUUUAUUUUCGUAUUAUUAUGCAGAAUUUGAUGAAGGAAACAGAAUUUUUCCGGACAUUUGCCAUCGUUCAGUGAAACAAGAAAUCAGUAACACUACGUCUCGAGAUCUGCAAUCUGAUCUCUUCUUCAGGUAAAGAACUGAAGAGUUAUACCUAUGAAGAUAGUCAUCUACCCAACACCAUAGCUAUAUACCUGAAGAAGAGAUCAGAUUGCAGAUCUCGAGACGUAGUGUUACUGAUUUCUUGUUUCACUGAACGAUGGCAAAUGUCCGGAAAAAUUCUGUUUCCUUCACAAUCCUUCAAAUAGAAUUUGAUGCUAAUAUAAAUUUGCAAUUUACUAGUAAAAACUGCUAUCUGUAGAUAAUGUACCCAUAAAAGGUCAAUAUUUAAAUUCCAACAAUUUUUAAUUCAGGAAAUGCAUAACAAAAAGAACAACAUCCAAAAUAAUGUGUGGAUGUCAGAAAAUUCUCCAAUAUCUCUCCAUGCCCAAAGAAUCUAGUGAUGCACUAGUUUGUUUUACAUUAAAAACCUCACCAGCAGUGAUUGUUAUGACUUAAUUGUAAUGCAAUUUUAAAAUAUUUUCUACAGUAAAACUUAAAUAAUCAGAGCUAAUAUGUCAUCCAUAUUUUUUGUGUUUUAAAGAUUCUAGGCAAUUUACGAUAUUGCUGUUUAUAUAUUAUACAUAGUACCUAAUUAUAAAGUAAUUAAAUGAAUAAACACUGGGUUUGUAUUCACUAAAAGAAAUGAAUUGCUCUAAUUUUAUUACUAUCAUGCAUUAAAAACUUUUAUGUUAUUACAUUUUCCUUUUGAAUUUAUAUAUUUGUCUAAUAAAUAUUCCCACUGUUUUUUAAAGGGAAACUCUUAAGCUGUAUGGAUAUAUAAAUAAAAUUUUACCAUUACAUUCACUAUAAGUUAAAGAUAUAAAUUUUUAAAACCCCAAUGUAGUGUUAAACAAUGUUAUUUAUAGAUAUGUUGUUUGUAUUAAUGUCGUUUUGUACAAAUAAAGUUUAAUAGAUUUGUACAUGUGUAAAAUUGUAAGGUAUUUUUUACUUAUUAAAUUAUGUCUUUUUUAA